AUGGACAACAAACUACUACAACAACAGCAUCGACUAACAAACCACAAACCGCAACAACAACAACAACAACAACAACAACAACAACAACAACAACAACAACAACAACAACAACAACAACAACAACAACAACAACAACAACAACAACAACAACAACAACAACAACAACAACAACAACAACAACAAGAGUAACAACAAAUAUAAGGAUGAAAGUUGUACUAUGUAACAACAUCUUAAUAUGAUAGACUGGAAAUAAGCACUGUACUCAAUCUGUAACCACAAUACAGUCCACUAAAAUAUAUUUUGAAACUCUCAGUUACAGAUAAAAAAGAUAACAGCGCGAUGACAGAAGAAACUAAACCAGAGGACACAGAGGCGUCCAAGAAUGAGAAGACGACGAAAAGCAAGCCAGGCUUCCCAAAACGUUAUGUCAUUGUAAUUAUGUUAUUUCUCGGCCUAGCUACACAAUAUGCCUUGAGAGUGAACAUCAAUAUCGCUAUUACUGCCAUGUGCAAUAACCAUACUGUGAAAGAAAAUGGAUUUACUAUAACGAAGGUAAUAUUCAAUAUAUAAGUAAGGAACCCAAACAGUGAAUCUGAAUCCCAGCCAUACGACUAACUAAUUUCCAAAUCCAAUUCACAGUAGCAAAAUUGCUUAUGCAAAUUUCAAUCCCAGUGCCGGAUAUGUCUAUACAUUGAAUAAAUGCUGUGUUCUAUCUUCUUUUUGUUUGGAUUAAAUAUUACUCGCGCAAAAGUGUUUUAGGUAAUCUCAAGUAUUUGUAUUUAUUUCAGCCGGCAGAGUUCAGCUGGAGUUCAAAGCUUCAAGGUACAUUGUGUUACAAUACAGUUAAUUUAACUGAGAAACUUUUUCCAGCUUUUAAGUCAUGAGAAACUGGGUUCGAUUUCCAUAUUAGAGUAAUAAUCCGAACCAAAUGUUCAUCCUAAUCGUCAUUCCAAAAUGGUCAAAAGUGAAUAACUUGGUUUUAUUUACUACAGGUACCAUCCUUGGAUCAUUUUUCUAUGGAUAUAUCGUACUGCAGAUACCAGGUGGUUACCUGGCUUACAGAUUUGGUGGAACUAAGGUGUUUGGAAUGUCCUUACUCAUUGGUUCUCUUCUAACUCUACUCACUCCAUUUGUUGCUCGAACCUCAGUCGCAGCUCUCAUUGCCCUGCGUGUUCUUGAAGGCGUAUUCCUGGUAAAGUAUACAGUACUCUGCGAUAACGUUCUUUAAUACUCGAACCGACCUGACCGCGUAGCUCAGGUGGCAGAGCAUUGGGCUAGUAUUCCAAAGGUCGUAGGUUCGAUUCCCACCGUGGCCGGGCAUAUUUUUCAGGCUUGCCCGGUGUGGAUGCACACUCAGAGUAACAUCGCAAACAUCAAUGUUCUUUAAAGUUUUGAUGCUUGACACCUUGAAUUUGUAGCUAAUAUACUUUGGGAAUUUUACCCACGAAAGAUAGGAAUUUAGUGCAAAUUCUGGAACUAUUGAUAGAUGAACAAAACUAUGAUUUAAAUAAAAUCCAUAUAAUGUACUUUACUUCUAAUAAUGCAUAAUUAUACCCAUGUCAGUUUCAUACUAACUUUUUCUUUAAGGGCGUCCUUUUUCCCUGUAACCACGACAUUUUAAGAAAGUGGGCUCCUGCUUCGGAAAAAGCAAGAUUAUUUGCCAUAACUGUCGCAGGUGAAAUAAAUAUCUAUCCUGAAAUAGUAAUUUAAAAACGUAUGGAUGGACUGUACCCAGUAUAGAAGGAUCAUUGCAAUUUAGCGAGUUAUUACAUUUAUUGUAUUUAUUUUAUAUCUAGGCUGUCCAGUUGGAACAAUUAUUACGAUGCCUUUGUCUGGUCUCUUAACAAAAUACGGUCCUGAUGGUUGGGCGUCAGCGUUUUACUGUUUUGGUAAGUAUCGGAUGCUUUUAAUCGGUACUGUGGAUCUGUACUCGAUCGGCAUUGAAUACCGCGCCCAUGCAGUGGUGAAAAUAGCCAUAGACGUAACCUAUUUAGAUGAGGGUUAGCAUAGCAUGACCAGUUGCCAUGGCUAGCGUCACCUCUGCUUGUCCCUGAAUGUAGUCAAUGGCAAAUAAAAUAUAGUCAAUGACACUAUGCAUGCCGAUGACAGACAACGCCUAAAAAGACCUGUAUAGGUAGCUUUCUUCUUGCUCAAGAACAGUGCACAUAGGGGACAUUUAAACAUAAGAAUCUGAUUAGAAUCUCAUUAUUUGAUCUCCUUUUGCCGUUGUGUUUAAAUCGCGUAGGACUGAAUGAUUGAAACCCACCUAUAAUAUAGAACAAGUCAACCAUGGUAGAAUCGAUUAAGUUAACAUAAAUUUAGUAAAGGAUGUUCUGUUUUUUUUGCUUCUAGGUGGAAUUGGGUUGUGUUGGUCAUUUAUCUGGAUGCUUAUUGUUCAUCCGACUCCCGAAGAUCAUCCAACAAUCUCCGAUGAAGAAAAAGAGUACAUUUUGAAAGAUACCGGCAAAAACAAAACCACGGUAAGCCGAAUUCAUCCAGGUUCAAAGUGGGUUUUGCUUUAAAAAAUGAAAAAAAAAAUAUGGCGGCAAAUGUUGUGAUACAAGGUACGGUAAGAACUAUCGACAUAUAAGUUUGUUUUAAUGUUUUGUUCCCAAAGUUAGUAGACUUUUCUUAACUUGCGUGAAACUUUUUCUUUUAUAGAAUGAAAAAGUUCCAUGGUGUUCAAUAAUAACCUCUCUUCCUGUUUGGGCUGUUAUAAUCGCGAACUUCUGUGUUGACUGGGGAUUGUACACUAUCCUUAUAUGUAUUCCCAAAUAUUUUGUGGAAAUUUUGAAGUUUGACAUUGCCAAGGUGAGGAUUCAUGAACUAAUUUAUAGUAGAGAUUAUCAGAUGGUGAACGGAUUUUGCUUCUUGGCAUCAACACAAGACCAACUGUUUAGAUGAACUACUGUAUAUAAUUGAGGGAUCGCCCGAACACGUCGAACACACGUAAAAACGCACAAGUUGCAACAAACCUAUAGCAGACUUGUAACAGACCUAUUCCAACAGGAUGUGUUCGCACUGCUUUUUGACAAAUUGUCAACUUGCUCAACAGACUUGUUCCAACAACUUGUUAUCGUCUUGCAACUCAACCAUCUAUACUGGUAAUGGUUCUAGGAACAAACCAUCCCUUAGUUUUAUUCGUCUAAUGCAAUAUUUAUACACUCGGACGGAUCACCCAUCAAGGCAAACGAUGCACUCAUAGUUGACGGAUAAUCCGUCUGUCUGUGGUGUUUCUACACUGACAAAUUACCCAUUUCUUCCCAAACUCGUCCAGCGAUCGAUGGAUAACCCAUUUUUAGGACUGAAAUCGAGCUAACAGGGCAAUAUCCUCUUCUCCCAGUUUACUCUCGACGAGGAAAUUAGUCUUUUUAACGUCCAGUUGGUAGAUAAAAGGUUAAAAGUUAAUAUUUUCUAUAAUUUCAUAGACUGGUUUUGUUGCUUCUUUGCCUUACCUUGUUAAAGCGUUUGUUGGACCAACUGGGGGGCUUAUUGUUGAUUUAAUGAUCAAAAAUGGAAUGAGUGUGCGAAAUGCUAGGAGACUGAUCUUUACUAUUGGUAAGUUACUGGUUUUAUGAUUAGCUUCCUUAAACAACAGUGUUUGGGCUUCGUUCUUUAGGAAUAUUUACUCUUUAGUUAAAAAUUUACUCCUCGGUUAAAACAUUUCUGGUUAUUAAUCUAAAAUUAACCCUGUUUGGAGUGAAUUAAUGCUCGUGGUGAAAUUUCCUGAUUAAUGUAGGCCUGGUUAUAGUUUAACCAGGAUUCCUGGUCCAUUUAACCAGGCUAUAUGGUUGAAAUAACCAGAUUAUGUUAGGUGGAUUAUUGACCAAGAAUUCCUGGUUAACUAUAAUGAUUAUUUCGUUCGUUCCUAGGUUGUACCGUUGCCGCCAUCUUUGUCCUGGCAGUUGGCUAUAGUCCAAAUCCUAUCAUGGGUGUUGCGUUUCUAUGCAUUGGCGUUGGUAUAACCGGAGUGAAUGCCACGGGUUAUGCGGUGAAUCUGCUGGACAUUGCGCCAAGGUUUGCAGGCGUGAUUAUGGGAAUCACCAAUGUAUUUGGUUCGUUACCAGGUUUCCUCAGCCCGCAGAUCGUUGGUAUUAUCACUGUGAAUAAGGUAAGGUGGUUGUCAGGUUUUAAACUGAUUAGCCAAUCACGUUUAUGAACCCUUGCUACCUCCUCCAUAGGCCGCUUCCCUAAUCUCGUAAGGUAUAGAUAGUAUGCCCGUUCGCAGGUUAGAAAUUCGCAAUUAGCCUUUCUCACGAUGACGAAUAUCCGCCAUUUUUGGGUGGCAUCUAAUUCUCGUUAACCAAAACAGACAAUUAAAACAAUAUGAAAAGCAAUUUUUCAAAAUAAACUAACCAUUUACAGAGCAAAUUUACCAUCAUUCGUCCAGAAAAUUAUAAAAAGUCGCUGUUUUGUGGACUUAUCUCGCAGACUUCGGCUGAAAAGCCACCCAAAAAUGGCGGCGUGAGACGUGCUCUUCCGAUCUCUCACAUAAACGUUUGAAAAGUCGUUUUCAAAUUACCUCACUUUUAUUCGCGCCUUCGACUUCACUCGCUGCCGAGCUAAAAGCUAGGGAAAAAUCUGAGGCAGACUUGCGACAACACAGAAAGUCCAGGCUCUGCUUAUGCCCGCAUUGGGUCUUUGCCCGCACCCGGCCUAGGUUAGAGAGGGAGAGCCAGUGACAAUUCUAAUCUAACACUUAUAUCCUCGUCCCCAUGGCCUCUCGCGUGAAUAUGGCUCUGGGGACGAGAAUGUUAUUGACCGUGAUAUAUCCAAAUGCGAGCAAGCAAUAAAGAGUGAUUGUAUAUUCUUAGUUGCGGUAGAUUAUUUCUUAAAAAGGAUUUAAUGUAUUGUUAUGUUAUCUUUGUAGACUGUAAGUGAAUGGCGUACAGUAUUCUGGAUAACAUUCCUAGUGUAUUUGUUUGGUGUUGUAGCCUUCGGAGCUUUAGUUUCAGGAGAUAAGCAGAAGUGGGCGAUGACACCUGAAGAGGUGGAAGCACUGAAGAAAGACGAGGGCAAGGAAAAAGAUGGCAAGGAAAAAGAUGGCAAGGAAGAAGAGAAUGACAAGGAAGAAGAAGAGAAAGAAGUGGAAACACACGGUGAAGAGAACAAAGAUGAGGGGCAAGAUGGAGUAAAAGGUGAUUCAGAAGAUACAUCUGGUAGCAAGGAGGAACCCGAGAGUAAAGGGGAAACUGAGGAAACUAAAACUGCGGAAAACGGAGAAACGAAAGGCGAAGAUGACGGAGAAACGAAAGGCGAAGAUACGAAAGGGGAAGAUGGCGAAGAAACGAAAGGCGAAGAUACGAAAGGCGAAGAAGGCGGAGAAACGAAAGAUGGCGGGGCGACGGAACAACAACAGGAUGAAGGCACGAAAGAUGGACAAAAUGGCGAAGACUCUGCAGCGAAGGAAUAACUACAUGUAUUUCGCCCACGUGCAUCAAGGACGAAUUUUGAAGCAAAUAAAAAUUUACAAGUUCACUUUGGGUGCGUGUUUGAAAUAGACAGCAUACAGUAAAAUCACAGUCUAUCAAGAUAUGAUCGUCUGGAAACAAAACAGAAGUCAUAGUACAGUAUAUUAUGUUUUUGUCGGAGUUUAUGUUAAUUUGUGCACG